CACAGGGAAUAAAGAGAAAGAGAGCAAUGGCAGGAGAUCAACUAAACGUGCUAAAUGCACUCGACGUUGCCAAAACGCAAUGGUACCAUUUCACGGCGAUUAUCAUCGCCGGUAUGGGAUUCUUCACCGACGCUUACGAUCUUUUUUGUAUCUCCCUCGUCACUAAGCUUCUUGGUCGCAUUUACUACCACGUGGACGGCGCAGAGAAGCCCGGAACGCUGCCUCCAAACGUCUCCGCUGCGGUGAACGGAGUCGCUUUUUGUGGUACACUCGCCGGCCAGCUCUUUUUUGGCUGGCUUGGUGACAAACUCGGGAGGAAAAAAGUUUACGGCAUGACCCUCAUGGUCAUGGUCCUUUGCUCCGUCGCCUCCGGUCUAUCCUUUGGGAGUGACCCUAAAACAGUGAUGACCACGCUCUGUUUCUUCCGGUUCUGGCUUGGUUUCGGCAUUGGUGGUGAUUAUCCGUUAUCCGCCACGAUUAUGUCCGAAUACGCCAAUAAAAAGACCCGUGGUGCUUUCAUAGCCGCGGUUUUUGCUAUGCAAGGGUUUGGAAUCUUGACCGGGGGGAUUUUUGCCAUCAUUGUGGCUGCGGCUUUCGAGGCUAAGUUUCCAUCUCCAGCAUAUCAAGUUGAUGCCUUGGCAUCUACGGUUCCUCAGGCAGAUUACGUGUGGCGGAUCAUUCUGAUGGUGGGAGCUUUACCAGCGGCAAUGACGUAUUACUCGAGGUCGAAGAUGCCUGAGACCGCACGGUACACGGCUCUUGUGGCUAAGGAUGCGAAACUAGCGGCGUCGAACAUGUCUAAGGUUUUGCAAGUGGAGAUCGAAGCAGACCAGCAGAAAAGUGAAGAUAAGUCCAAUUCAUUCGGCUUGUUCUCCAAGGAAUUCAUGAAACGCCAUGGCCUACACUUGCUCGGAACCACAAGCACAUGGUUCCUACUCGACAUUGCCUUCUACAGUCAGAACCUUUUCCAGAAAGAUAUUUUCAGCGCGAUCGGAUGGAUCCCUCCGGCACAGACAAUGAAUGCGAUUCAAGAGGUUUUCAAGAUCGCACGUGCACAAACCCUAAUCGCCAUGUGCAGCACGGUACCCGGUUACUGGUUCACUGUGGCCUUCAUCGACGUGAUUGGUAGAUUCGCGAUACAGAUGAUGGGUUUCUUCUUCAUGACCGUCUUUAUGUUCGCUCUCGCCAUUCCUUACGACCACUGGACUCACAAGGAUAACAGAAUCGGAUUUGUGGCAAUGUACUCUUUAACAUUCUUCUUCGCAAACUUUGGACCCAAUGCAACAACUUUCGUCGUGCCCGCUGAGAUCUUCCCGGCUAGGUUUAGAUCAACCUGCCAUGGAAUUUCCGCAGCGUCUGGAAAGUUAGGAGCAAUGGUUGGUGCGUUUGGUUUCUUGUACUUAGCGCAAAGUCCUGACAAGAACAAGACAGAGCAUGGAUAUCCUCCGGGCAUUGGAGUCAAGAACUCGCUCAUUGUUUUGGGUGUGGUUAAUCUUUUGGGGAUGGUUUUUACACUGUUGGUUCCUGAAUCUAAAGGAAAGUCUCUCGAGGAAAUGUCCGGUGAGAACGAGCAACAUGAUGAAAUCAGCAGCACCAGCAACAACAACAGUAACAAUACGGCGCCAGCCACUGCAUAGAGAUUCUAAAAGACUUUGUUUUUUUAAUAUUUUUCUCUCUACCUCUCUUUCCUUCUUCAGAUUUCUUCUCACAAGCUACUCAAAUUUGUUCUUUAUACUUAUUAUUGA